AUGAAAGAUGUUGAGAAACUCGAGCAAACGGAAGUCGUUGAGCGAACAAUCUCUGUUGAUCAAGAGAGCAGACGCGAGGAGACAUCGAAUGUGGUGGAGUAUACUUUGGCGGCAUUAACUUGCACCCUUCCCAUUGCGGUUACUUUAUAUCUGAGUUGGAAAGAUAAACAGUUCAUGUCAACGGAGCUAUCGAAACAGGAGCUAAUCACAAGGCUAUCACUGUACAAAUCAAAACCACCAACUAUGAUAUUCAUGAAUUUUCUAAUCUCCCUAGUGGGUGUAGAAAAUAUCCUUGGAAUCAGGUCUUCUCAAUUUGUCACUUUUGCAUCGUUCUACUUGGUUGCCAUUUGGUCACAGGCAUCGAUGGUGAUUGUGCAAGUGGUUGGAAUAGUUAAUGAAAUGCAUCUAGAGAGAGAAUAUUUUUGGUCAAUGACGCUUCUGAUUAUCGUUUUCAUAUCCAUCGCGCUGGGGUCUUGCCUUAAUCUCUACAGAGCACAAUCGACAAUCAUGAACGAUGCACAGAAUGGUCUCACACUUAUGAGCUCGUUCCAGGCGUGGCUCACAGCUUUUGGUUGUCUUUUCGAAUUGUGCCAUUACUCGACAAUCAAUUUCAACAAUAUGGUGAACUACUACUCUUUUCUCACUAACAGUCUUGCCGAACAGCGGACACUGAUUUUGAUGGUCACCAUACACGUUUGCUCAAUGAUCAUAGUCGGAGCUGUGCUCCUGACAAACUUUUUAUGCUGUCUCGGAUUUGAGCGCGAAGCUAAACCUUGGAUUAUGGAUCAGCAAUCUACUGCCACGAGGAUGAUGAUUUGUCCGCUAAUUUCCAUCUCAGUCCUUCAUUGCAUGCAGAACGAGUGGGCGGACUUGUUUAAUUCCCGGUAG